AUGGAAAAACUAUUCAGGAACCAGGAGUUGAAUGUUAGCGUGAGAACUGUUAAGAGUGGUGAGGAGGUACUGUUUUAUGCAAAAGAUGUGGCAGAAUCUCUAGGGUACUCGAACACGAAAAAAGCAAUUAGAAACCAUGUUUGGGAAGAGGAUAAGUGCACUCUAGGGUCAAUCCAAAGGGGUGCCCUCGAGGGACCCCCCUUGAAAGGUCAGCCUGGUUCUAUUUUAAUUACAGAACAGGGUUUGUACCAGUUAAUUUUCGGAUCAGAGCUUAACACAGCAAAGGAGUUUAGGAGGUGGGUAUUUAGUGAAGUCCUACCAUCUAUCCGCAAAACAGGCUCAUAUGAAUUACUAGAUAGAAGGUCACUAAGAUAUAACCAAAUGAUUCUUAUAAAUGAAACGGACCUUCAUCACGCAGUUGUGAGUUACAUUAGAGAUAACUACCCUAAUGCUGUGAUAGUACCUGGUCUAGGUGAGUAUCAGGAUACAGUGUCAAAGAGAUGUGAUGCCUGGAAGAAGGGAUAUAAAGGUGGUCAACCAGAUCUUAUCAUAGAAAAUCCUAUGGGGAAGUAUAAAGGAUUUGCUAUUGAAUUCAAGUCUCCCAAAGGCACCGGAGUCGCAAGUGAAAAACAAGUGUUAUGGUUCCACAAACUUAUGAAGAUAGGUUACAUGGUGAUGGUGUCAGAUGACCUUGUAAAAACUUGCAUUAGAAUCAACGAAUACUUUUCACUUAAGAAGGUCGCAAAGAAGGUCACAGUGAACAACACACAGUGCGCUGUAAGGUUGUACAGACCUAGGUUCAGUUCAGGUAAGUACUAGCUGCGCUAGCAGUGACCAGUAACGUAGUUACUGCUAGUCAGGUCAUCUCACCAGUAGAUUUGAGAUACCUCACCAGCAGAUUUAAGUUAUCUCACCAGUUAUCUCACCAGUAGAUUUAAGUUAUCUCACCAGUAGAUUUGAGAUAUCUUACAAGUAAAUUUAAGUUAUCUCACAAGUAGACUCUAGAUGUCUCACAAGAUAAAACCCAGUUAAACCUAAGGUAUCUUACAAGUAGAAUGGAAGAUAAACCUGAGCAAACUCAAGUAGUAGCAAGUGAAAAGAAGAAGGACCCAAAAAGAGUAGCUGCAGGAAAACGAUUAGCCGCAAUCAGUAAAAUAGCAAAGGAGAGGAAAAAGAAACUUGCAGAACCUGAGGAGUCAUCCAGCAAUAACAUGAUCGCAUAUGUAGGAGUGGUCAUCGCAUUGGUAUCUCUUGUCCUAGCAUAUAAGUCGCAUCAAAGGGAAACCAAAGAACUAGAACCUAAGUACACCCCUGAAACUGUAGAAGUAACCAGGAAAGCUGAUGCGUCCAAGUUAGAUUCACUUGAAUGA